UUGUUGGACAGAGUUGAACACAGAGAACUGGAGCUGGUCUCCAUCACUGACUGGGAUUUGCUUUUGACUUGGAAAGACCCUGCAGACCRGGGGUGCAGUGGCCUCACAGUGGGAUUUUACUUUCUGAACUGAAUUUUUGUAUUUUUCAGAUUCACCGUUCCCUGCUGCUGGCAGUAAAGGUUAAACCAGGGCUGGACAUCCUUAAAGUUUGAAACCAGAGGAAUCAGGAUUCUCUCUGCAGACUCAGAUCCCAUCCCACGGGCUAACUGUGAGGCCAUGUACCAGGCAGCUGUCUCCAAGCGAGCAGACAGCACCAUCCCCAGCGGGGUCAUGGAUGAGUCAGAAGUCUGUUCCCUGCCUGGGGGACUUGCAAGUGUGCRAAAACGAUUUGAAAGCCAGGAAACCGUAUUGUCACAAAAUGUAACUCAGUUUCAUUUCCACCACAAAACACAGCAGGAAAUGUCAACAUCAGAGGUGACAGUGUCAAGUGGCGGCAGGCAGGUCAUCCCAGGCAGUCAGCAGCCACUCUUCCAAGAAACUAUGGUAACAUGCCGUGACAAUAACUUGGCAUCCAGUUAUGAAAAUCAUCAAAAUGAAACAGAAGAGGACUUUCCCAGAUAUACCACAAAAGAACUGAGAGAUCACUUUGAAAGAACAAUAGAGGAGGCUGCUUCACGCAAACCCAUUAAGAUUGGACACAACAUCAGUCAGUCUAAGUGGUCCUCUAAUGUGACCCAAAACAACAUGACUGCUGUGGCGCACAAAGAAGUCCCUACUGAAGCURCACAAGACACAGUCACAGUGAUGGAUUAUGAAGACUUCCCACCCCCUCCAGCUGAGGAUUCUGAGUAUCUCCCACCCCCUCCUCCGGACCUGUUACAAAUGCCAUCAGACAGUGAAAAUAUCCUAGCAGGCCAUUACUCACAUGAGCCUCCGGAGCCAGUAAACCCAUCCAAACAACCAUUCAACAGAGAGGCUUACAUCAAGCAGCAGAGUAAGUCUGAGCUGAAGCGUCUUUACAGACACAUUCAUCCUGAGGUGCGUAAGAAUAUUGAGAAAGAGUUCUACAGUGAAUACAAUGAAACUGUGAACAACCAGGUAGAGAGCCAACCAUACACAUAUGAGGAUGAUGGCAGCAGUCCCGAUGAGAUGAACGAAGAGGAAUAUGAGGAAUGGGAGGAGAUUCUCCCCGGGGAGGUGCAAGCAAUGCGUUGGAUAUUUGAAAAUAAACCACUGGAUGCCAUUAAAGACGAAACUCCCGAUGAGGACGAAGAUGGCAUGAAAAUAAUUGAACAAGAAAUAAUUGCUGGAAGGGACGUGGGACGCACAGCACGGAUGUUUGAGACCAAGUCAAUAGAUGAGCUGGGUUCACUGAACACAGACUCAACAGAAUCGAAAAACAAAUUUAACAAAUUUGACAAAGGUAAUGUCCGUGCUGCGGCCUGGCUGUUUGAAACCCAAACUAUGGACACUCUGAACAAAAUGCACAAAGAGGAGGAUCUAACAAAAGAGAUUGUUUUUACUGAAGAGGAUGGAAACGCUGCUAUUUACAUGAUUGACAGUAAAUUCAUGGAAAGUCUUGGCCACACUGAAACCAUCGAUGAGAGCCACCUGCUGAGCCUACGAUCAGUGUUAGAGGAAAUUACAGAAGAAUUUAAAACCAUAACCAGCACUUUUGACACUCAGUUUAAAUGUGUCAUCAUGGGCCAAUCAAGCCAGAUGCUAGAAAUAAAGUCUGUGCGCAAAAUUGAAACUGAAUUAGAAAAUUCUAUUGCUUCACGUUGGCUAUUUGAUACCCAGCCUCUGGAUAUGACCAACGGAGAGGUCACUCCUUUGAAACUUGUGUGCAGCCUUUCCAUGGAGGACUGCAGUAAAGGAGACUGGGGCAGGUGGCUGUUUGAGAUAAAGACAUUUAGCUCUCUGAGUGAGUGGAAAAGUUUACAAAUGGAGAAGAAAGAAAUUGUUGGAACUGAUGUGCGUAAACACUGCUUAGUCUUUGAAACACAGCCAACAGAUUCUCUAAAGGAUGACUCCAAUGCUAGACCCCAGUCUAUUGAAGACAUUAUUGGGGGCAAUGUUAGAUCAGCAAGGGACUUUUUUGAAAGCAGCCCCCAAGUUGCCAGGAAGAAUUACUCCGAGGUGGGAAAACUUAAAAUGGCAGCAGUAAAUGAAGAUGUGAAAGGGGACGUGAGACACCAAAAGUGGCGCUUUGAAAGCCAACCUCUAGAACAAAUAAGAGAGGACAAGAAAGAGGUCAUUCGUACUGUAAAUGUUGAAGACGACCUCACACAGGAGGAUGGCACCAGCUGCAGAGCAGAUGUUCGUAGGAACUGCUGGGUGUUUGAGACUCAGCCAAUGGAUACUUUAAAGGAUGAUUCGAAUACCCACCCUUUGAUAAAAGAAGACGUCAUUGCAGGUAAUGUGAGAUCGGCCAGACAAUACUUUGAAACAGUUCCAAGAGAAGACUUGAAGGAGCUGGCAGAGGUGGGCAAACUGAAAAAGGCUGUUGCACUUAAUGAGGAGAAGGGUGAUGUUAGACAUCAGAAAUGGAGAUUUGAAAGCCAACCUCUGGAGGAAAUUAGAGAGGAAAGGAAAGAAAUUAUUCGCACAAUUGACCUGGAAGAAAUAGAUAAAGUAGAUGUAUCUAACUACAAACAAAUCUUUGAGACCACUGAACUGAACACGGGUAAAGAAUCUCAAACAAUUCACAUUGAGGGCAUACCAUCUGGCUCUGUUAAAUCAAACAAGAACCUUUUUGAAUCUUCAGCAUUGUACGCCAUGCAAGACAGCUCAGGGUAUUUCCACGAGGUUAAAACAGUGCGCCGUGAAGAGGUUGUUAAAGGAGACGUAACAACUUACAAAUGGAUGUUUGAAACAAGACCAAUUGAUCAGUUUGAUGAGAGCAUUGAAAAAUAUCAAAUUAUUAAGGGCAUUUCCAAACAAGAAGUUGAGUCCGGGGACGUUAAAACGGCAAAGUGGCUGUUUGAAACGCAACCUCUUGAUGCCAUCAAGUACUUCAGCAAUAUUGAAGAUGAAGAAAUGGUGGAAAAAAGUAAACAUCUGGACGUUGUGAAGGGGGAUGUGAAAACUUGCAAGUGGUUGUUUGAGACAAAACCAAUGGACAUCCUGUAUGAAAGAGUGGCGCUAAAAGGUGAGAAUGAGUCUGAGGAAAUACAAAAGGGAGAUGUCAAAACCUGCACGUGGCUGUUUGAGACGCAAGCGCUUGAUGCUAUUCGUGAUGGAACAGAAACCGUUUUGAAAACGCGCACUUUAAACCAAGAGGAGAUCAGAGGAAAAGAUGUGAAAAUGGCUUGUUUUCUCUUCGAGACAGAGAAUCUGGAGGACCUCACUGGGGAGGAGGAAGGCUCUUAUAAACGUGUUACAGAGAUAGACAUUUCAUCUGGAGAUGUGUCUAGGAUAAAGUAUAUUUUUGAAAACCAAACAUCUGAAAUCAUGUCUUCUACAUCUGAGGAAGUGAUGCAAAGGCUCAAGAGAGUUCAGACAGAAGACAUACAAAAAGGAAACGUUGUAAACUGCAAAUGGCUUUUUGAAAACCAAUCUAUUGAUACCAUACAUGACAGCCAAGAGAAAGAUUUGUGCAGCCGCACCGUGAGCGAUGUACUAAGAGGAGACGUAGGAAAGGGUCGUUUUAUUUUUGAGACAUAUUCAUUAGAUAAAAUCCAAGAGGUUUCCUCUGAAACAGAAGGAAUAAAAAGCCAAAAGAUUGUCUGUGACGAGGAUGAGAAGGGUGACGUGAGAAAUUACACAAUGCUGUUCGAAACACAGCCCCUUUAUGCUAUUCAGGACAAAGAAGGCCAUUAUCAUGAGGUCACCACAGUCACAAGUGAAGAGGUAAAACAAGGAGAUGUUGUUGGAACUCGAUGGUUGUUUGAAACCAAGCCACUUGAUGCUAUUAAAGACACAGAUGAAGUUUAUUUAAUAAAAUCUGUAACACAGCAGGAUGUGCAAAAAGGAGACGUCACAUCUGCCAAGUGGAAAUUUGAGACGCAACCUCUUGAUAUGAUUGCUGAUGAGAAGAAGUCUUUGGUAAAAACGGUGGAAGAUAUUCAAAGGGGCAAUGUUCAAGUGAAUAAGCAGCGUUUUGAGAAUGACACCACGUCAGAGGCAUUAGUUAGGACUGUUAAUGUAAGUGAAAUACAGAGGGGUGAUGUCAGGACUGCUAAGUGGAAAUUUGAAACGCAGUCUAUUGACAAAAUAAAAAGCAUGAGUUCUGACAAUCUAAUUAAAGCAGUUAAAAGGGAAGAUGUUGAAAAGGGAGAUGUCAAAAAUUCAGUCUGGCUUUUUGAGAAAACCCCCCUUGACCACAUUAAAGAGACGGAUACGGAUGAGCAUGAAACCGUCUUUCCAAAGGAGAUUCCCAAAGCGGAUGUAAAAACAACAACAUGGCUCUUUGAAACUACACCAUUUGAUGCAUUUAAUGAGACUAAAAUAGAAAAAACUGAAAUACUGGGCAAAAGCGUCAUGGGAACUCUUGAGGAACUUUACAGUCAGAAAAUGGUGAAGUCAAAGGGAAUAUUAAUUGAAGCUGAUGAAAUUGGCGAUGUAAGGAUGGCAAAAUACCAACUAAUGAAUAAGCAGACUCCAGAGAUCCAGCGAGAAGAAAUCAUCAGGGGAGAUCUGCAGACUAUAAUGAUGAACCUUCUGAACAGACAAGAAAAUAAGGAGCGGCAAAUAGUCAUAGAUUCAGAUGAGAAGGGUAAUAUCAGCUCAACAGUGCAGCAACUAUUCAGCCAAGAACGAGCUAGCAAUAUUGAAAAGGAGGAAAUACUGCGUGGCGACAUUCAAGAAGCCAUUAACAGUCUGUUUGAUGAGAGUGGAACAGCAAAACAGGGAAUACUCAUCCAGGAAGACGAAAAAGGAGACGUGCAGAUGACAAUUUAUUCCCUCCUGCACAAACUUGAAAAUGUUAAUGUUGAAAAUAAAGAUAUUGUUAAAGGGAAUAUAAAGAGUGCUCUUGAAAGACUUUCAAGCUCAGACAAAGCAGAUCAAGCAGUGAAGAUAAAGAUUGAUGAUAUGGAAAAAGGAAAUGUCCAUUUUUACUCUACAUGCAUUGAAUCUGGGGCUCUCGACUAUCUUAAACAGCUGCAAUUAGACCCUGAUGAGACGCUCCCUGACACAGCAAAGAAAGAGGAGAUCAUUGGGGGUGACAUCAAAGGCACCAAAUCCAUCCUUACUCAGAAUCAAAUGCAAAUUGAGCGCACGGUAGAGGAUGUUAUACCAGGAGAUGUUCACAACACGCUGAAAGUGUUCAUGUCUGAGCCAACUGUGUCACUAGAAAGAACCCAAAAGGAGGAGAUAGUCAGAGGAGAUUUACGGGCUGCUUUAAACUCAUUGUCUGAAUCAGUAAAUCAGACAGUGGUUGUUGAGAAAGAGGAGGUGGUGAAAGGCAACAUCCCAAAAGCUCUGCAGUGUUUGGAGAAGGCUCAGAGACACAGCAAAGAGGUCGAAAAGCCCGAUAUAAUACCAGGAAACAUCAAAGGGGCUCUGAGAUCUCUUGAAAAAUCAGCAACAUCCAGAGUUGAAGCUGCUGUCGAUGAUUUAGUUCCCGGAGAUGUGAAGGCCACAAUGAAAUCCUUGGAACGGGCAAAGCAAGAAAUGAGGGAGCUUGAAAAGGAAGAGAUUGUGAAAGGUGAUAUUCACACAGCAAUGCAAAAUCUACAAGAUGCCUCCAGUGAAAAGAAAACACACCAACAGGAAAUAGAUGUUCAAGGAGAUGUGAAAGGGACGAUUCAGCUCUUUAUGGAGCCUCCACCCUCACCGAGAAUGCAACGGAGCUUAAGCUUCGAGGGGGAUGUGAAAGGGGAUGUCAAAAUGUCGAUAAAGUCAUUAUAUGAAACACAGGAGCAGGGCCAGGUGGAAAAAGAAGAGGUGGUUAAGGGUGAUGUUAAAGGCACCAUUAAAUCACUGCUGGAAACAGCACAGCGGGAAACUCCCAAAAUCAGGCACGGUGCGUACAGAAGGGUUAGAGUGAAGCAGGGCCCUUCAGUGAAAAACCUAAAACCUGAUGCACAGAGGAAUGCACAAAAGAUAAAAACUGCAAAACAGGUUGAAACAUCCAAAGAAAUUCACUCUUUCUCCAAUGAAGCAGAUGUUAAAGUAAAGGUGGAGAAGUCGACUGUGGUGGAGCACCGAACUAUUACGCAAAACCACGGCAUCAAAACUGUAAAAACAGAGUUCCGCAAUCUCAAAUCGAAGCCAAAGGGGAUGAUAAAACUGGGCAAAACCAGAGUAACAACUGAUGAUUAUAUGUUAAAGCCACUUGCACCAGAACCUGAGCUACCUCUGCCACCUCCACCAGUGGCAGACACUGACCUUCUCCCUCCAUCUCCACCCAGUCCUCUUCCUCCCACCGCCGACACUGACACUGAUCACCUUCCUCCCCCACCACCUCCACCACCUCUCCCGGAGGACCAGGACUACCUCCCACCUCCUCCAACCCAACGAGAACUGGAGAGCUUGCCAGCGCAGCCAACAAAGGCAAAACGAAUGACAGUGAAGAAAGUUAAAGCUCCUGCGCUGCACCAAGUUCCGAAACUUGAAUCCAAAGUGGAAUUCAGUAAAACACACGUGCAGGCAACAACGGAGAAAAGGGUGGAAAUAAGGCAAAACCAAAUCAAAACUACUGAAACCAUGAAAAUAAUGCCUCAUGCAAUCCCUCCUCCACCACCAGAGUCACUGGGGCCUCUGAAAAAAGUUUACAUUGCUCCGAUGAGGUUUACUCCACCACCCUCCCCUCCUCCUUCCAUGAGAGGUAAAACCAGUAAAUUCAACACACCGUUAAUAAAAGCAGAAGAAAAAUUCAGGAAGCUGAAAGAGGAAAACACUCCUCCAACCACUCCGUCUCCCACCUUCUUACACGAGUCUGUCAGCGCCGCUCUGGAAAUGCUCUCCGCUAAAGAGCAGCCAGAUUACAGCAGCUCAGAAAUCCAACAGGAAAGAGAUGAAAAGGCAGCAAUAAGUGCUCAUUCAGACUCUUUAGCAUGUGAUUCAUCCAAGCAGGUUGUUGUCUCAAAUAAUACCCAAAAUGAGAAAAUCACUGCAGACUUUGCAACUUUAAUUUCUACUAAGCAACAAAUUGUAACAAACGAGAUGUCUAAUGUUGUCUCUGUGCAGAAGACUUCAUCUGCCACAGCUGUUAAACAGUACACGSAAACAACAACAACAACACAGGGAGCUCUUACUUCUUCUUCAAAACAAUCUGCUUCUUCUAGCCUCUCUGGUAAAAUUCACACCUCAAUCACUGAUGUCGACAAAACAGAAAACAUAUCAGGACAAGCAAGGAAAGAUUCUAAAAAUCAGAAAACAAAAAGCUCCAACAAAUCAGAAGACACGAAAGAGAACAGAACCACUACUCAAGAAGCGAAAGCUGAAACUGAGACAAAGCAGUUAGCCAACGACGUCUCCAGUCAGCCAAUGCAAACAGACAACGUAGCUCCAAAUACAAAUGAGAAGACAGGCAAACAAAACCAAAAGAUGAAAAAGAACAACAACAAACAAGAGAAGCAAGCAGGGAUAAAAACGCCUGAUGAGAGCGAGAAGCAGAGUGCGUCACAAGAUUCGAAAGUGGUUCUGAAAGAAGCUGCAGAGACUAAGCAGGAGAUAAGAAAAUCUUCUUCAUCUCUUCCUGCUGUAUCAACUCCUGCAGGCAACACUGAUAUCCAACCGGAACCUCCAACUCCCGCAAAGAGGAAAAAGAAAUCCAAGAAGUCUAAAGGGGCUGCACAGCAAGGUCAAGGUAAAGACAUUCUCACAGAGUCAAAGACAGAAUUGACAGAAAUCAAAUCUGAAAUAACUCAAUCAAAACAGGAAGCAACUGCUGUCAAAGAAAUUCACAAAAGUAUUAAAGAACAGAAUAUUCAAAUCAAGGGAGACRUCAUUGCCGCUGACAGCAAAGACGACCAGGAUUGCCUGGAAAAAAAWAUAUUUCAAAUACAAGAGAGGGGGUCUCAGAAGAAAGGAGUGACAGUUACUCAGCAGCGUGCCAAGGAACAAGCCAAAGAAAGCAGGAAUGUCCCAAUUACUGUGACAGUCAAGUCAGAACAAAAUGAACUUGCAAAAUCAACAACAGGGAGAACAAAGGAAUCUCAGAGACAAGAGGUCCAAGUGUUAAUCUCWCAAAUCACAGAGAUCCAAAGCACUUCAGAAAAGGCUCAUUCUAAAUCUGUGAAAAGUCUACUAAACUCACUGCCAGACUGGCUCCUAACUCCUGACAGGAAGCGUGAGCUGGAACAAAACACAGCCCAAAGUGAUGCUCAAAAGAACAAAGAGAUUCUUUCAAAUGUAAGGAAACUUGCAGAAAAUAAACUCAUGCACCUGGCAGGGGAAACAAUGGAGACACAUGAACGUGAGCUAGGUUCAGAGAAAUCGGCUUCUGGCCUUGCAGMCACAACCAGAAUAUCAAAGAUCAGCAUUGGUUCUUCCAAAACCGAAACCCAAAGUCAGAAAACGACUUCCCAGGAAAGCAAGAAGGAAGAAGUAACUUUGUGCAAAUCUGUGGACUUUCGAGCUCCCUCGCCUUCACUCAGGAUGCGCCCACCGUCCCCGACAUUCAUCACCAUUGAGUCAAUAAGAAGAACCGACUCCCCGCAGAGAGUGACUCCGUCGCCAACAUUGCUGCACAGGCCACCAACGCCUCCAACGCCCCCGCCACGCAGGUGCGACACUCCAACAUCACGCAUUACCAGAAUCACGCCGUCGCCCACGUUUGACAAGGCCGAAAAUUUGGCUCGGCUUAAAGACACGACAGCAAAGCUCUCACGGGUCGUGACCCCUCCACCCCUGCUCGCCAGUCCAAUCCCAGAGAAGAAAUCAGAGAGAGUGGAGUCUCCUGCUACAUUCCACCGGCAAAUCAGAAUCGACUCCCAGAUAGCAGAGGCUUCUGAGAUGCUAACUGGAACAAAMAAACCUACAGAGAGUUUGUACAAGGAAACUCAACAAACUGAAAUGAAUGAAAGUCAGGAUUCAAAUGUGAACAGCAUCCUAAGCAGGUCUGAAACUCAAGCACCAACAGAUGACAAUGAGACAGAUUUUGCAGAAGAAUCCCAUGAUGAUGAGCUAUCCUCUGCAUCUGUCAGAGAAAAGAGAGAGUUCUUCGAAGAAGUACAAAAAGCUGAAAUGAAAAAGGUUUAUAUGCGUAAGGAGCCCRUCACAAUAAGUGAACGCCUGGGCCCUGAGAUGGAGGAGUGCGAGGCUGACAAAAGGAAUAAAGAAAAAGAUGAGCCUCUCAGGGCUGAUGUGUCUGGUCUUGUAAACAAAUUUGAAUCCCCAGAAGAGAAACUUGCAGAAUGCCUUCUCAGUGACACCGAGUGCACAGAUUGUGAUACAGAAAGAGCCAACAUCUUAGAGCAGGAAAUGCCAAGUUUUAACAUUCAGGCUAUUAAAAAUGUUUUUGAACUGGGUGAGCCAAUAUCUUCAAUCAGGGAGGAGAAAAGGGAUCAGGAGGAGCUCGUGUCAAGUCUGAAUGAAACAGCAGCAGGCACUUCAAAGCGGGAAAGCCCCCUAGAGACAAAGGGAGGCUCAAGGCAAAGCACCCCUCUGCCUUUUCAAAAAACAGAGGUAGAAACUGUUCCUGCACAACCGUCAGGCUUCUCAGAAGCUAAAACUGUCACAGAACAUUUCUCGAAUGUUGAUGAAUUUGGUAACAAGGUCACCGGGACAUUGACGGCUGUCACUCAGCACUCUGAAAGCAUCUCGAGCCAACAGACACCUUUUUCAUAUGCUGAAGCCGUUAAAAGAAAAGCUGCCAGACGAACGGAAACCUAUGACGAAGACGCUACAGAAAGGUUACUGAGGAAUUUUCAUAAAACAUGGACGGAGAGCGAGGCAGUUUUCAAGAAUCUUGGCUACACCGUCUCCGAGGAAACAACAUCACAAGUUGUGUCACAUCAGAUGGAGACUUUAUCGGACCCGAGUUCCGAAUUCAGAACUUUGCACGGUUUGCCGGAGGAGAGCUUAUCCAAUGGAUGCUCUGAUAGUGGACAGAAAAAAGUACCAUAAAUCCUGUUUCUGCUGUGAGCACUGCAACAAUAAAUUAAGCCUGGGAAACUAUGUCUCACUUCAUGGACAUUUAUACUGCCUACCCCAUUACAGACAACUCCUCAAAUCCACAGGGAACCACAGUAACGGUCUUGGACAGAAGCCUCCCUCAGGAAGUGGUGGAUCUAUCCUUUCAGAUGAGACCCUUGAACGCCGAUAUUCCAUGAGCAGCMUAUAUUCACUAGACAAACCCCACAGAGGUGAAAUUGAAAUGACAAAAACAUUUAAUGAGAGCAAACCCCACAGUAACAAAAUAUCCGUCGUUUGGCCCCCGCAGAGCGAUUCACCAAAGAAAGCCUUUAAAAUCGAGGAAGAAAUUCAGCUAACAAAACCACAGUGGCCCCCUUCAGACAGUUCCCCUUCAUCUCCUAAACACCAGCACAGAAAGGCUGUUCCCAGAAGUGUCCUUUGAAAUAUAACCUCUCCUGUACAGAGUAUAGUUAAAUACAUUCUAUAAAACAAAGAUUUUUUUGGUAAAGUAAGAAAGAACUGUCCUGAAACAAGAAAGUGAUCAGCUGAAGGUCAUGCAGUUAAGUGGUUAAAAAAGGAAUGUGAAUGUAAGAAUAGGAAAGGAAACUGUAUAUAUUUGUAAAUUGCAAGAAACAGAAGGUUGUGACUGUAAAGUGUAAAGUGCAGGUAGAUAAAGUGUAAAAAAAGUGAGCAUAAACUUGAAACAGUGUGUCUGUGCAGCAGUGUGGCUUAUCCAGUGUGUCAUUUUCCCAUUUCACUUUGUUUUUUCUCUGAUAUUUAAUAUUUGACACGACAAGAAAAGUGUUACUGCUUCUCCAUCGACUGUCAUUCAUUUUAAAAGUGGUAUUUGUCAGAGGAGCUCUUAUUAAUUGCUGUUCAUGAACCUUGAAUCUAAAAUCUAAAUUUGCGAAUUGCUCGUGGAUGUCAUAUUGUUAUUUUACAUGAAUGGUAAUCAGUUUAAUUAAAAUUUUCCAUUUUUUAUUUAUGCAUACUAGAUUUAAAAAAAAAACAGCCUGUCUGUUGGGUUUUUGUAUCAUUUCUGUCAGGACUACUUUUUCAACAAAACACUUGUUUUAGCACCUGGUGUGCAAACGAAAAUUGUCUUGGAAAAAUUUUAUUUAUGGUUUUGAAAGUAUAUAUUAUACAUGAGUAAAUUGGUGAAAGUCAUGUUUGUUUUAGACAUUUGUAUCCUAUUUUUCAACGAGAAAUAUUUUGCAAUAAUAAGAUGUUAUUUUUUUUUUUAGAUUAGACGUCAUUCUGUACCUUCCUUUGUACAGGACAGUUUCUGAUCAUGUCAUCCUGUUGGGCUGGUUCACCUAUUAUGUUGCUUAUCUUGGAGCAAUAAAAAUGUGAAACAUUA